AAACUGAGCUGAGGACUUUGCCUGUGCACACGCCCAAGCGUGUCGCGCGAAUUUGCAUAUGUUUCGCAGCGCGCGUGUGGACGUAAAGACGCGUUGCGAAAUUAUGAUUUAAAUAACGAAUCGCACGGAUCGAGCGAGCGAAGCAACGCGCGAUCGUGGCUGUUGACACGCGAGCCCGUCCAUCUCCAUGAAAAAACGGCCUCCCAGUGAUAUUAAGCAAAUAAAAAAGAAAAGAAACGAAAGGUUUUCGUCGAGAGCCCCGUUCGUCUCGCAACAGCGAGAAUCAGCGAGAACGGCCGUCGCGCGAUCGCCGUGCAUUCUACCAAAUGAAUUCGAUUACCGAGCGACUGCGGUGUUCUUGAACCCGCGAACCGCCAGCUCCGCGAUUCAAUUUAAAACGCACGCUACUUGAGGUCGAUUAUUAUCGUCUAUUUUAUACUCGACUCGCGUCCAUCCCGCGACGCUUCGUCGCGGCCGCGCCGCGUUUCUCCGUCAGUUUUCUCCCUCGCGCUUUGUUCUCUCGCGUCUUCCCGCGCGUUCGGCAAAUUUGUCAUUGAUCUUACUACGCGCAGUAUUACGCUCGGUAUUACGCUCGACGACCCUCGCACGCGAUACGCGGCUGUAGCGAAUUACCCCGUGGACGCCACGCGGAUUGCCGUUUUGCCUGCGUCGCCGGCCAGAAAGCACCUUCGCGCCCGGAAAUUACGUGGCGCGAAUUCUCCGCUUCGCCGUUCGACAGAGCCCGUCUGAGCACAUUUCCCGGCGCUACACGUUAGAUGGCCGGUGUCUGACGCGGAAGCAUGACCUCUGACAUCUCGUCUAUUACCAGCGCGUUGCGCGGCGUCCGCGGCCGCGAGAGAAGCUAUAAACGUUAUCCGCGCGGGAUAUCGUAAAGAGGGGGAUCGUAUCGCUCGAGAUCUUAAGCGACACAAAUGACUUCGUUAUCGGCAGGAAGAGCGUACCCGAGCAUAGUAACGCGCAAGGAGGCGCACGGCGAAGGGAGCUCGGAGCCAUUUCUACCGAAACAACAAGCACCCAUUGAUGAUUUCGUUUAUUUGCCGGCUUACGAGCCGUCUUCCGGUAACUCUUACGCGACCGAAGCAGCUUACGGCCCGUCUUACAAUCUGACCUUGAACGACACCACCGGCCGCGGUGGUAUCGCCGAAAAUAACGAAGGCAACGAUGUAGGAGAGGAAGGGACCUACGUGACUUACUGCAUCGUCGGAACAGUGAUACUCGUUAUCAUCGGUGUGAUCGUAGGGAUCAUAUAUUUCCUAAUACAGCAUCCAAAAUUCGCACGCGCCAUGUACAGAGCGAUAGAGGCCGACACGACGAACGGAAGUGCGACGUCUGUGAAAAAGAUUAUGGGAAUCGCGAAUCAAUUCGGAAGGAUGGUGACGAGGAUUUCUACCACAACUUCCGUGCCAUCUAAUAUACAGAAUGAUAACGAUCGGGACUUUCAAGCCGGCGUGUAUGAGGAUUGAGAGAUCCUCGUUAAAAAUAAUUGAUAGAUUAGACUCAAGGAUCGUCACGAUUAAUAAUACAGACAUGUCGAUUCAGUUCAUUAUUAAUUUACGUUCGUAUGACCGCACGACCAAAGUUGGCACUUUGUAUCCUUACCACCAAUAUUUCGUAAUUGUACGAACCGAUACGUCGUUAUGACACUUUUGAUUCUGCCAUGUCAACAGAUAUAUACCGUUGAUUAACAUCCCGUAUACUUUACGGCGAUAAUAAACGAUAAAUGUAUACAGGUAUAAAUCAGGAGGAAUUGCGACUUUUUGAGAAAUAAAAAACUUAA